AUGACACUGAUACUGGCCUUGGUUUGUGUGGAUGGAUCCUGGUUAUCAUUUCAUUUUUUUUCACUAUUAUUACAUUUCCUAUAUCAAUCUGGAUGUGCGUAAAGAUUGUAAAGGAAUACGAGCGAGCCAUCAUAUUCAGACUUGGACACAUCUUAAAAGGGGGAGCAAAGGGACCAGGUUUGCUUUUUGUCCUGCCCUGCACAGACAACUUCAUCAAGGUUGAUAUGAGGACUGUCUCUUUUGAUAUUCCUCCCCAAGAGAUCUUGACCAAGGACUCUGUGACAGUUAAUGUAGAUGGAGUGGUUUACUACAGAGUUCAGAAUGCCACCCUUGCUGUAGCAAAUAUCACAAAUGCUGACUCAGCCACCCGUCUUUUAGCACAGACUACUUUGAGGAAUGUUCUGGGGACCAAAAACCUUUCUCAGAUUCUCUCUGAUCGUGAAGAAAUUGCACACAGCAUGCAGGCCACACUUGAUGGGGCAACAGAUGAUUGGGGCAUUAAGGUGGAACGUGUGGAGAUCAAGGAUGUGAAAUUACCUGUCCAGCUGCAGAGAGCAAUGGCUGCAGAAGCAGAAGCUGCCCGGGAGGCAAGAGCUAAGGUAAUUGCAGCUGAGGGUGAAAUGAAUGCUUCCAGGGCCCUGAAAGAGGCAUCGAUGGUUAUUGCGGAGUCCCCUGCUGCUCUUCAGCUUCGUUAUUUGCAGACCUUGAACACCAUUGCUGCAGAAAAGAACUCCACCAUCAUCUUCCCAUUGCCCAUAAAUAUGUUGCAGGGCAUAAUAGGCACAAAUCGCUAGGGGAGGAGAGAGUUUGGGAUGGGUUUUUUUGCUACAGCGAAUGUUUGCAACACUGAAUUCCCUGUGUAUUAUAGCUUAUGG